AUGGCAACAAUGAAAAUACCAAUGACGGUACCUUCUCCUCGAGUCGAUGCCGAGCAGCUCUCUAAGGCCUUUAAAGGAAGAGGUUGCGAUGCUUCGGUAAUAAUCAACAUCUUAGCUCACCGCAAUGCAACGCAACGAGCUCUCAUCGAACAAGAAUACGAAACCAAAUUCUCAGACGACCUUCGAAAACGUCUCCAAUCUGAGCUUCACGGUCAUCUCAAGAAAGCUCUUCUUCUGUGGAUGCCUGAAGCAGUGGAGCGAGACGCAUCAAUACUGAAACAAGCAUUGAGAGGAGCCGUGACAGAUCACAAAGCAGUCGCUGAGAUUAUAUGUACACGAUCUGGCUCUCAGCUUCGUCAGAUCAAACAGGUUUACUUAAACACUUUUGGUGCCAGGCUCGAACAAGACGUUGAAUCUGAAGCUUCAGGCAAUCACAAAAGAGUUCUGCUUGCUUAUUUGAACACUACACGGUACGAAGGACCAGAGAUCGAUGACAAGAUCGUAGAGGAUGACGCUAGGGUUCUCAAAAAAGCGGUUGCUAGGAAGCACAAGUCUGAUGACCAGACACUGAUUCAGAUUUUUACAGACAGAAGCAGGACUCAUCUGGUCGCUCUUAGAUCUACUUACCGUUCGAUGUUCGGUAAAGAACUUGGAAAGGCCAUUAGGGAUGAGACACGUGGGAACUUCGAGCAUGUCCUUCUGACAAUCUUACAAUGUGCUGAAAACUCUUCUUUCUAUUUCGCAAAGGCGCUGAGAAAAUCGAUGAAAGGGUUAGGAACAGAUGACACGGCGCUGAUAAGAAUAGUGGUGACAAGAGCAGAGGUGGAUAUGCACUACAUUGUUUCAGAGUACCGCAAGAGAUACAAGAAGACUUUGUACAGUGCUGUUCAGUCUGAUACAAGUGGUCAUUACAAAACUUUCCUCCUCUCUCUUUUAGGUCCAAACGUUUGA